AUUACUAGCUUGCACGCACCAGGCGGAAGGAUCCAAGCCACAAGACCUGGACUUCUUCGCCACGGUGGUCUCCCAAGUCCAGGUGUAGCAUCUAUUCAAGCCCUGCACCGCCACACACGCGGCAGAGGACUCGACGGCAUCGCACGCCUUCACCUGCGCCUUGCCCCGCGUAGCGACCGAAUGGAGGCAGCGCCACAGGGCGCCAUGCGAUGCGGCGACAGCGGCAGCGCUGUGGGAGCGGCGGGUGCGGGCGGCGGCGUCCACCGCACCGCGAGCGUGAACCGCGCCCCACCUCCUUCAGCACCUGGAGGUGAUGGGGUCAGUCCUCAUGCGGCGGCGGCAGUGCUUGGCGCGACGGCGCCGCAGCAUGCCAGCGCUAUUCCGGAGGAGACCGCGGCGGGGACCCUGGCAGGAGCGGGCCCGGUAUCAGAGGCCAGAACGGAUGCAGCAGCCCCGCUGUCUAAGCCCCCUGCGACUGCCGGCAGCUGCAGCCCGGCCGUGGCAGAGCCAGCAGCAGCAGGCGGCGCCGGCUUUGGCGCCGGCCAGGGUGUUGGCCUCUCCACUCGUGAGGCAGGAGCGGGGGCGGCGCCAGCAUUGGCGGUGCUGCGGGGAGGGCAGCCGCCGCGGCCGCCCGGCCGCAAGCGGCCGGGCCGACUGCGGCGGGCGUGGGACAAGUUCGUGCGGGCGGCCACUUGCUCAUCCGACAUCCGCACGUCAGAUCCACCCCUGCACGGCGUUGCCUUGUUGCCCGGGGAGGUGGUGCAGGAGGCGCCCGCGCCAGCCGGCGGCACGGCGGCAGCAACAAGACCACGCGCCACCCGCCACACCCAGCCACAGGCUGCCACCGCUGGCGGCGCGUCCGCACAAGCAUCCGCCACCACCACCGCCGCUGCCGCCACAGCGGCGCCAGGCGUUACCAACCGCGCCGGCCGCGCCAGCCCGAACGGCGGCGCCAGCAGCGCCAGCAGUAGCAGCACCCACACGGGGUCAAGCGGCACCAGAAGCUCUAGCAGCGGAAGCAGCGGGAGCAGCAGUCGCAGCAGCAGCAGCGCCAGCAACCGUGUCCAGCCCCACAUCGGCGCCGCUACAGCCACCGGCACCAACCAGCCUCCGCCGCCGCCCGGCACACCUCCGGUGUCCACCGCCGUCGCGGCGCCCGCCGCCGGCGCCUCCGCGGCCACCAACCUGCCUGCGGCCAGCAGCGCCGCCGCCUUCGCGGUUUCGCAAUCGCUGCAUGAACGGGAGUUCGACAGCACGGCUGCAACUGAUGGAUCCAUUUUUACCGCCGCCGGGCGCACGCCAACGCCUGAAGGCUACAGCCGCUCCCACGCUCCGCUGGCGGCGCGGCCGCCACUGACGGUGGUGCCGGCUGCGCCGGAGGCGCCGCGGCAGCAGCCGUCAUCGGAUGUCUCAUCGUCGGAUGACAACAAGCACAACCACAAGGAUCACCACACCGGCUACCUGAGCACGCCAGCCCAGUGGGGGCAGCUGCGGGACGACCCCUUUCCACGUGGAGGUGCUCACGCCGACAUCACCAGCACCACCGCCGCCGGCGGCGGCUACAGCUCCACCGCAGCCACCAUCGGCAGUAGCACCGCCCGCACCACCGCCGGCGCCCUACUGCCGGACCCCACCGCGGCGCCCUCCGCCGCCGGUACCACUGCUGCUUGGGGCGGCGCCGGCAACGGAACACUUCGUGACAUCAGCGGCCAUUCCUUCGGCCGAGGCAGCCUGGACGAUGGCGGUGGCGGUCGCGGGAGUGCCGGGUGGCGGCAUUGGCGUGGGUCGCGGCCUGGGGCGACGCCGGGGGCAGGGGGGGCGGGCCGCAACCAGCCGGAGGGCCAGGUCAGCGCCAGCCAUUCCACUGGGAGCGGCGCCGCCACCGCGGAUGAGGACGACUUCCACGACGCGCGCAGUGUGGCCUCCAGCUGGUCCAUCGUGAGCGGCUUCGGAGGAGGAGGAGGAGCAGGAGGAGCAGCAGGAGCAGCAGGAGCAGGAGGAACGACAUCAGGCAUGGGCAUGGGCAGCGACGGGGACGGCAGCAUUGGCGUCAUCGACGCGCCGUCGGUUCCUCGCGGCGCGGCGGGUGCGCUGGCGGCGGCGGUGGCCGCGGCUAACCGAAGCCUGCUACAGCAGCAGCAGCAGCAGCAGCAGCAGCAGCAGCAGCAGGAGCAGCAGCAGCAGCAGCAGCCACCACCCGGCGGUGUGGAUACUGCAGAUGCAAUCGCGGCGGCGCUUUCUAAGUCACCUGAGCUGCCGCCCGUCACCAAGCAGCAGCAACAGCAGCAGCAGCAGCAGGCGGCUUCACCAGGCACCGCCGGCACAACACCAGCAGCAGUCCUGGGCGGGGCGCCGCCGGCUGCUGCACCGCAGACGCCGCCUCGGCCGCCGCCGCAGCAGCCGCGUCCCAUGCCGCUCACGCCCACGGACUCGGCAGCAGCUCCCGACGCUCCCCACCAUCACCACCACCAUCACCACCACCACCAUCACCAUGACAAAGGCGAGCAGCCCCAACAGUCCCAACAACCCCAACAACCCCAGCAGCAGCACCAGCUGUCGCACUUCCAGCCGGCCGCCGCCUACGCCGGGGCCACCAAUGACUACGACGCCAACUCGGGCGCCAACGCGGUGACCGGGCACUUCAGCACACCCGUCCUGGCGGCACCGCACCGCACCCAUUCCACCACGCCGCCCUCGUCAGGGAGCGCCGCCAUCGUGCCCUCAGCUGCGGCAGACGCCGCCCAUGCAACCACUGCAUCCCAGCACGUGACGGGGGCGGAGCCUCCGCUGCUUCCGCGUACACUGGCCGCCGCCAGCCCCGGCCUGGUGUCCGAGCAUGGCGGCGCCGCCGCCACGCCACGGCGCACGGUGACGCCCUGCGCCUCCCCUGUGUUGGUGCUGGGCGGCCCGGCGCCCGAGCGGCCCGUGUGGGUGCCGUACCCGCCCGUCCCUAACCUGGACCCCGCCACACGCUGGCUGCCGGUGCCUGCCGUGACGGGUGUGGCGGGCUACUGGGCCAAGAUACCCGAGCUGUCGGCCGGGUCGCCCAUGCCCAUAGACGUGGCGCUGGGAGUGAACCGCCUGGCGAGGAGCGCGCACGAGAGCAUCAAGGGCAUACUGCUGCGCGAGGACGCGGCGGUCCUCAUCGUCAAGGCGCGAAUCAACCUGGGACUGGGCAUGCGCAUGACACACGAGGAGCGCUACCCCAAGGACGGCUCCACGCACACCACCCACAUGCGGCGGGACGUGCGGCCGGGCCGCUCCGUGACGCGCAUGUACUUCACCGACCGCGGCCAAGUGCUGCUAGUCUGCGACAGCCUGGACCUGAUGGGCACAAUCAACCACACAGGCUACGAACUCAUGGAGGUGACGGCCGAGCCGGCGGUGGUCCCCGGUGGCGAGGCCGGCGAGGUCAUUCGCUGUCGGCAGUGGGUGCGUGUGGCGUCCACCGGCGUCAUCACUGAGCAGUUCUUCGUCGGCCGCAAAGCGCCGCUGCCCGCGCGGAGCUAGCGGGACAACAUGAGGCGAAUUGGUUGUUGGACCCCAGAGCCGGUCUAGGCGCGCAGCGCAGUCCACUCGCCCCGCAAGUUUGGUCGACCGGCUGUGGCGGCGAGGAGGGGGGACGAAAGAGUUUGAGGUUGAGGCCUACAGUGCAUCCUAGCCCAAACAUUCAUUAAGCGGACCAGCGUAUGUGGCGUGGCUUGCGAAGGGUGUGGGCGGAAGGGCGGGCAGGACGCCAGGGCCCAAGGAAGCGCUGGCGACCCGCAUUGACGUGCUUCAAGGGCGCCUUCACGCCGGCUUAGUAGGUCUCAGUGCAGUGACUGCGGCGGCGCGGCCAUACCAUAGCGCCACGGUCACACCGCCACCGUCACGGCUACGGCCGCCAGUACCGUAGGCACAAUCUGCGGUCCACAGUGGAUGCUGAACGCGCUGGUCUGGGCCUGUUGGCGGUUGUCAUGAGGUUGGGGUGUUGCGCGUGGUGUCGGGAAGUUGGAAGGCCGAGGCCGAGUCACGCAACGUAGUCGAGUCUUAAGGGACCGUGAGCGAAUUCAAUAGUCCUAUGUUGUGCAAUGAUUGGAAAGCGCAGAGGGGCACGUAUCGGUUGUGUGCUGCGGCUGUCUCGAUGCCCGCGUGCACGCCACUGCGUUAGGGUUUGAGGAGCUCUUCGCGCUGGGCACAUCGUGAAGGGUGCAUUGCCCCAGAAUUGGUAGCUGUAAAGAAGUCGCGGG